AUGGACACGUGUUAUUUUAGAUAAAUACCAAAAUGAACAGUCGCUAUGUGUUAUUAAUGUGUUUAUUCUCUCUUUAUAUAUUGGCAACAGCGGAGUCGGCGAGAAAAAAUAAGAAAGUAUAUAGGAAACAAGCUCAUGAGAAAAAAGGAAGAUUUUAUAAAAAAGUUCCACGUCUUAGGACAGCUAAGAGUUUGGCAUUCUCACCCACACACACAGAAGCAGAAAUAUUGCCAAACGCACACAAUUUGAAAGGUCGACAUGCAGAGUCAUCGCCUAUGGUAGAUUUGUCUAUGGCCAAAACAGCUCCGUUACAAAGCGAAACCAAUUUGGCUGUUGAAGAUCAGACUCCAUACACUCAAUCCGUUUUACCAAUAGAAAAAUACGAUUUGCCAGUAAUGCAAUCAUUACCGGUGUUAUCUGGCUUGCCAGUCGUAACGACCUUGCCAGAAGUGAAUGUAAUAUGGCCAAUUAAAAAUCCAGUAGAAGGACAAAUGCCAUUUCAGCUAUUGGCAAACAAUAUCUCACCGAAUGUGGAUUUGAAUCUAAGUGAGAUAAAAUACGAAAUUAUCGAUGUAAUACCACAGAAGAACAAUCCCAUAUUACACAAAUGGUUUAGAUUCGAAGAAAUGAAGAGGAAACUGUUUCAUAGACCUUAAGGAAAUAGAUAAGCCUAAAUAUUCUGUCCUUAAUAUACACAAUUAAAAUUGUGUAGGUCACUUUCUUCCAACUGGAACGAUGAUCACAAAGGGAAGAACUUUACGGGGAGUCCACGGACGCUGAAGGCCAAGAGUUACUCUUUAAAGCUGUAGGUUUGGACUUUGACUUUUAGACUUUGCCUCGAAAAUAACGAAUGGAAUAAUAAUAUGUAUUAAUUAUAUGAGAAACAUAAAAAGAAAAAAAGUAAUAAAAAGGUUAAAUAAACAAAUUUUUUACUAUUAUUGAGUUUUAUCUUUAAGUGCACGGUUUUUACCUUUGAACAUUCUAUAGUUUUCUUCCAGCUUCUCAAAGGUUGAUUGUAAGAGAUCCCUCUAUGGGAUAAGUCCGCCAUUAUAUAUUAAA